AAGGACCCUCAGCACCUGACCAUAAUAAUGAUAUAUGCUGGCUUUAACACAGGUAAAAUGUGAAUGUUAAAGAAAUGUUGAUUGCUUUUAAAGUAUAACACUUCAUUUCAAAUUCAGAUAUAUUUCAGAUAUCAAGGGCACAUAGUUGUUUCAACAGCACAAAUAUAACAAAUCUUCUAAUGUAUGGAGGUGUUCUGAAUGUUGUCACUGUCCCAUGUGUGUGAUGGGAUGAUCAGCAUGUGUUCAGUCAAAGUCAUUGAUCUGAGAAUCAGGCAGCAGAUCUGAUCUCUCUACAGGGUCACCACUUUCCCAGAUUCACACAGAGCUCUGUGAGUCUCUCUCCAUCACCCCCCAGUCCUCCACCUGUUCCCCUGAGAUCUAACUAUUGUCCCCCGGGCAAUAACAGCAUUCGGCAUGUUGCUGCUCUACAUCCCUUAUUGUCUUACUGAGCUCUCUGAUUGGUUGAGACUGUGAGAAACUCCAGCCAGACCAAGACCCACACAUUCAUAUGGAGAUGUGGGACUAUAAAUAGGAGGGAUGAAGCCAGCAGAGAUCAGAUCCUCUCUACAGAGACCUCUACAGCACAGAGAUCCAGCCAUGACACCUACAAUCACUGCAACAAUGACCAACUCUGAGGAGCACCUGACUCUGACCCACAAGCUCAGAAAACCUCUGGUGGAGAAGUUACGCAGAGAGCGAAUCAACAGCAGCAUCGAGCAGCUCAAGUCUCUCCUGGGUCCAGAGUUCCUCAAACAGCAGCCAGACUCCAAGCUGGAGAAAGCAGACAUCCUGGAGAUGACAGUUUGCUUCCUGACACAGCUGCAGCAGCAGCGGCGGCAGAAACAACAUCAAGCUGUGGACUCAGCAGCUGUUGAUCAGGGCUACUCCAGAUGUGUCCAAGAGGUGGCCCACUUCCUGUCCAAGGAGGAGGUGACACAGACCCAGAGAAGACUCCUGAACCAGGUCAACAAGCUGCAGUCUUCCUCUGAGAAGAGCCUGAGAGAUGCUGACUUCUCCUUCCUGAGCUCCACAGUCCAGACCUGCAUCACCAAAGAGAAGAGUCCAGUCAACAGCGCCCUCUGGAGGCCGUGGUAGACACCUACAGACUGGACUUACUACCAGACAAACUCAGAUGACCACAUUGGUCAAAAGUUAUUGUCAAACAUAUAAUUUUGAAAUUUAAUAGAAGUGUCUGUGCAAAUUGUUUUCAUUUAUCCCAAAGUCCUAUUGGACUGCUGUUUUUUUCUUUCUGAAAGUAUUGAAAAGCACAACAUUGUAUUCUAUGAAUAACAUACAUUCUCCUAUUGAUAUCAAUGUGUUAAAAAAUUGACCUCAUUGGCCAGUAUUAUCAUACCAGCAUUAUAUCCCUGUGGUCUACUGUGUUGAGAUCAGUCUCUGGUAGUGGUUUUCAUUGUGCAUCUUUUCUGAUGUACUUGUGUGUAUAUUUUUACAAUGUAAAAGAUUAUUGACCCAUGUUGGGUUUUGAAGUCAUCUCUUUUAUUAUCAACAUGUUCUGCUGUGUCAGCAGCAUAAAAGUGAAUCUGUGAGGUUAUUUUCUCUCAGUGUAGAAAAGUUGGUUCACUUUGUUUGACUUGGACCAAAUUAUUCCCUGUCUUUUGUAAAGAUACUGAAGUUGUUCACUCGACUCUUAUUUGAGUACACUGUUUUGGACCUUAAGUUUUUACUGUGAUGUAUCAUAACCACUGAUGCCUCUGUGUAGGUACAAAUACACUAUGUGACCAGUGUAUUCUUUUUGAAUAAAAAACAUCAACUGAA